AAAGCCUUUGAUUCAGUCAUUUCCCUUAUAGGAAAGUAUUUUCAAGGAAAACCUGGAGGCAGGGGCCCUGAACAAUAGGCUAGACUGAAUGGAAGACUGGAGGCAGUGGGCGGGGCCACAGAGAGGGAGGGGCUGGAGCAGAGAAUGAAGAAUGCAGAGCCUCCACUGUGACGUUUGGGACUGUGCUAAAAUGUCCAAGUGAAACUAGGGCCUAAGCGGAGGUGGCACGCCACAGCAAUGCUGUGGCAGAGAAGUCUCUGCAGCAGUCUCUUUAGGGGCCCUAAGAGCCUUUAUCUAUGGGGACCUUGAACAGUCGGGAAUCUGGCACAGGGGAACUGCAGCAGCCAGAAAUCCAGGCAGGCCCCAGUUAUGUGUCUGGAAGCCGUAAACGCAAACAGAGCACCGGUCCCAGCUUAGGCCCAGAGUCUGGCACAGGGGAACUGCAGCAACCAGAAAUCCAGGCAGGCCCCAGUUAUGUGUCUGGAAGCCGUAAACGCAAACAGAGCACCGGUCCCAGCUUAGGCCCAGAGUCUGAGAAGAGCCACAACCAGGAGGAGGAUCUACAGCAAGUCGUCUGUACAAGCCAGGGUAAAAAAGUUAAGAUCAAAUCUGAGUAUGCUUACCAAACUUUAUUUUUAAAUGGGGAAACCAGUGACAUUAAAAUCCGUGCUCUGGGAAAAGUAUGGUGUUUACACAAAAUGUUUCUAUGUCAGUCGGACUACUUCGCUACAAUGUUUAGAGAUUCUUGGAAAGAAUGUCACAAAGAUAUUAUUGACCUGGAGAUUAAUGACCAGAAUAUAAAUGUAGAAUCUUUGCAUUUUGUAUUGGGCUCGUUGUAUAGGAAUGAGUAUAUCUUAAUUGAGCCCCUUCAAGUUCCAGGAGUUUUGGCAACCGCGUGCCUGCUUCAAGUAGAGGACUUAAUUCAGCAGUGUGAUAAGACCAUGAAGGAAACAAUUAAUGUGAAAACUGUGUGUAGUUUCUAUGUGGCAGCAGAGACCUAUGGGUUACAAUCUGUAAAGACAGGGUGCUUUGAAUGGCUUCUCCACAAUCUGAUGACUCAUCCAAGUGUUGAACUUUACAAAGAACUCAGUACAGAUCUUAUGAAUCUGGUCAUUUCUUCUUCCAAUUUAUUAGUAAUGCAAAAGGAAAUCGAUAUAUAUACUACACUCAAACAGUGGAUGUUCCUCCGCCUUAACCCAGGUUGGAAAGGCACAAUGAAACAGCUUUUAGUUAAUGCAAACAACUGGUUUUCCAGGCACAGGGAACAUGAUGGUAGCAUUUCCUUUCUUGAAACUAAACAAGGCAUAGUAUUUCAACCAGUAUUUAAAAAUUUGAGGUUUCAGCAUAUCAUUUGUGACCUGGCCUCCACAAAAGUUAUUGAACAAGAUGCUCUAAUACCUUCAGAAUGGUUAUCGUGUGUUUAUAAACGACAAUGGUAUACCUUGCUUAGAGCACAACAAUACACGGAAAUUGGUCCCAGAGACAUUAAUGAAACCGAACUUGAAGAAUAUAGCAUGAGAUGUGGCAAAAGGAUUGUCAGAGAUGGAACAUAUGCCUGGAAGUGGUCCGGUUACAAUUUCGGUAUUCAUUUGUAUGUCAUCUUUACCAGCCAUUAUAUAAUUUUCAAACGAAAUGCUCUCCGUUGGCCAUAUGAUGGCUCCAUCUGUUUACAACUUCAAAGAAAUAUUGCAUUCAGAUUAACUUUGGUAUAUUUUGAUUCUAGUGGAAAACUGAGCUUCAGGAAAACAACUGGCUAUAAAAUCCUUACCUUUGAAAAGGAUGAGGAACAAAUGGUAAUGAAACUGGAUAGCAUAGCUUUGAGCUUCCCUUUAUAUAUAUUCUGCAAUUUCCUGUUUAUAUCAUUAGAAAAUACAGGAAAUUGA